CUCAUCGUCUCCGGUGAUCGUGCCGGUCAUCGUCUCCACGGCCCAGGGUCAGCUCUCCUGGGACUCAAGAGCGUCAAUUUUGCCUGACUGGUGAUUGGAGUUCGAGGUUAGGAACCCUUUAGGUCCUGUGCACAAAGAGCAGAAUGAAGUUAAAGGAAAUAGAUCGUACAGCUAUGCAGGCAUGGAGCCCUGCCCAGAACCACCCCGUUUACCUAGCCACAGGAACAUCUGCUCAGCAAUUGGAUGCAACAUUUAGUACCAAUGCUUCCCUUGAGAUAUUUGAAUUAGAUCUUUCGGAUCCAUCCUUGGAUAUGAAAUCAUGUGCUACUUUCUCUUCUUCUCACAGGUACCACAAGUUGAUCUGGGGCCCUCAUAAGAUGGAUUCCAAAGGAGAUGUUUCUGGAGUUCUUAUUGCAGGUGGAGAAAAUGGAAACAUUAUUCUUUAUGAUCCUUCUAAAAUUAUAGCCGGAGACAAGGAAGUUGUAAUUGCCCAGAAGGACAAGCAUACUGGGCCAGUGAGGGCCUUGGAUGUAAACAUUUUCCAGAACAAUCUGGUGGCAUCUGGUGCUAAUGAAUCUGAAAUCUACAUUUGGGAUCUAAACAAUUUUGCAACUCCAAUGACACCAGGAGCCAAAACACAGCCACCAGAAGAUAUCAGCUGCAUUGCGUGGAAUAGACAAGUUCAGCAUAUUUUAGCAUCUGCCAGUCCCAGUGGCCGGGCCACUGUGUGGGAUCUUAGAAAAAACGAACCAAUCAUCAAAGUCAGUGAUCAUAGUAACAGGAUGCAUUGCUCUGGACUGGCAUGGCAUCCUGAUGUGGCCACUCAGAUGGUCCUUGCCUCUGAGGAUGAUAGAUUACCAGUGAUCCAGAUGUGGGAUCUUCGAUUUGCCUCCUCUCCUCUGCGUGUUCUGGAAAACCAUGCCAGGGGGAUUUUGGCAAUUGCUUGGAGCAUGGCAGACCCUGAAUUGUUACUGAGUUGUGGAAAAGAUGCUAAGAUUCUCUGCUCUAACCCUAACACAGGAGAGGUAUUAUAUGAACUUCCCACCAACACACAGUGGUGCUUUGAUAUCCAGUGGUGUCCCCGAAAUCCUGCUGUCCUGUCAGCUGCUUCCUUUGAUGGACGGAUCAGUGUUUAUUCUAUCAUGGGAGGGAGCACAGAUGGUUUAAGGCAGAAACAAGUUGACAAGCUUUCAUCAUCUUUUGGGAAUCUUGAUCCUUUUGGCACAGGACAGCCCCUCCCUCCAUUACAAAUCCCACAACAGACUGCUCAGCACAGUAUAGUGCUACCUCUGAAGAAACCACCCAAGUGGAUCCGGAGACCUGUCGGUGCUUCCUUCUCAUUCGGAGGCAAACUGGUGACCUUUGAAAAUGUCAAAGUGCAGCCUCAGCAGGGAGCUGAGCAGCAGCAGCAGCAUCACGUGUUCAUCAGUCAAGUGGUGACGGAAAAAGAAUUUCUCAGCCGAUCAGACCAAUUGCAGCAGGUUGUGCAGUCCCAGGGAUUUACCAAUUACUGCCAGAAAAAAGUUGAUGCUUCUCAAACUGAGUUUGAGAAAAAUGUAUGGUCCUUUUUGAAGGUAAACUUUGAGGAAGAUUCUCGUGGGAAGUAUCUUGAGCUUCUAGGAUACAAAAAAGAAGAUCUGGGAAAGAAGAUUGCUUUGGCCUUGAACAAAGUGGAUGGCUCCGAUGUGGCUCUUAAAGACUCUGACCAAGUAGCACAGAGUGAUGGGGAGGAGAGCCCUGCUGCUGAGGAGCAGCUCUUGGGAGAGCGCAUUAAAGAGGAAAAACAAGAAUUUGAUCUUCUACCCUCAGCUGGAGGAACAUUUAAUAUCUCUGUUAGUGGGGAUAUUGAUGGUUUGAUUACUCGGGCUUUGCUGACGGGUGAUUUUGAGAGUGCUGUUGACCUCUGUUUACAUGAUAACCGCAUGGCUGAUGCCAUCAUAUUGGCCAUCGCAGGUGGACAAGAACUCUUGGCUCGAACGCAAAAAAAAUACUUUGCAAAGUCACAAAGCAAAAUUACCAGGCUCAUCACUGCAGUGGUGAUGAAGAACUGGAAAGAGAUCGUUGAGUCUUGUGAUCUUAAAAAUUGGAGAGAGGCUUUAGCUGCAGUUCUGACUUAUGCUAAGCCGGAUGAAUUUUCAGCCCUGUGUGAUCUUUUGGGAGCCAGGCUUGAAAGUGAAGGAGAUAGCCUCCUGCAGACCCAGGCAUGUCUUUGCUAUAUUUGUGCAGGGAAUGUGGAGAAAUUAGUUGCCUGUUGGACAAAAGCUCAAGAUAGUAGCAACCCUUUGUCUCUCCAGGAUCUGAUUGAGAAAGUUGUCAUUCUCCGAAAAGCUGUACAACGCACCCAAGCCAUGGACACGAAUACUGUAGGGGCUCUGCUGGCUGAGAAGAUGAGUCAGUAUGCCAAUUUGUUGGCAGCCCAGGGUAGCAUUGCCGCAGCCUUGGCAUUUCUUCCUGAUAACACCAACCAGCCAAAUAUUGUACAGCUGCGUGACAGACUCUGCAGAGCACAAGGAAAGCCUAUACUGGGCCAGGAAUCAUCUAGAAUUCCUUAUGAACGGCAGCAGCCAUCCAAGGGCAGACCUGGACCAAUUGCUGGCCAUCCACAGAUGUCAAGAGUUCAGACUCAACAAUAUUAUCCCCAUGUUAGAAUUGCCCCUACUGUCACUACCUGGAGUAACAAAACUCCUACUGCCCUUCCCAGCCAUGUACCUGCAGCCUCUCCCUCUGACACACAGGGAGAAAAUCCUCCACCUCCAGGCUUCAUCAUGCAUGGUAAUGUUAAUCCAAACACUGCUGCUCUGCCUCCUCCGUCUCCGGGUCAUAUGCACAGCCAGAUACCACCUUAUCCACAGCCGCAGCCUUACCAACCAGCGCAGCAGUAUUCCUUCGGAACAGGGGGGUCAGCAGUUUACCGACCGCAGCAGCCUGUUGCUCCUCCUGCUUCAAAUGCUUACCCUAACACCCCUUACAUAUCUUCCUAUUCUGGGCAGUCUCAGAUACAUACAGCACAGCACCAAGCUUCCUCACCUACCUCCAGCUCUGCUGCUUCUUUCCCUCCUCCCCUUUCCUCUGGAGCAUCCUUCCAGCAUGGCGGACCAGGAGCUCCACCAUUAUCUUCAACUUAUGCACUGCCUCCUGGAACAACAGGUACACUGCCUGCUGCCAGUGAGCUGCCCGCGUCCCAAAGAACAGAAAAUCAAUCUAUACAAGACCAGGCAUCUCUAUUGGAAGGUCCUCAGAAUGGUUGGAAUGACCCUCCAGCUUUGAACAGAGUACCCAAAAAGAACAAGAUGCCUGAAAACUUCUUGCCUCCUGUUCCCAUCACAUCACCAAUCAUGAACCCUCUGGGUGAUCCCCAGUCACAGAUGCUACAGCAACAACCUUCAGCACCAGUGCCACUGUCAAACCAGGCUUCCUUCCCACAGCCACACCUUGCAGGUGGCCAACCCUUCCAUGGCACACAGCAACCUCUUGGUCAAACAGGCAUACCACCAUCUUUCUCAAAGCCUAAUAUUGAAGGGGCCCCUGGAGCUCCUAUUGGAAAUACCAUCCAGCAUGUACAGUCUUUGCCAACAGAAAAAAUUACCAAGAAACCUAUUCCAGACGAGCACCUGAUUCUAAAAACCACAUUUGAGGAUCUUAUCCAGCGCUGCCUCUCUUCAGCCACAGACCCUCAAACCAAGAGGAAGCUAGAUGAUGCCAGCAAGCGCCUGGAGUUUCUAUAUGAUAAACUUAGGGAACAGACACUUUCCCCAACAAUCAUCAGCGGUUUACACAACAUUGCGAGGAGCAUUGAGACAAGGAACUACUCCGAAGGCUUGACCAUCCAUACCCACAUAGUCAGCACCAGCAAUUUCAGCGAGACCUCUGCGUUCAUGCCAGUUCUCAAAGUUGUUCUCACUCAGGCCAAUAAGCUGGGUGUCUAAAAGGACAACCUCACUACGAGCUCACAUUGCCACUUUCCAAAGAAACACAGUUGAAGAAAAACAGUGGUAAGACAUGGACCAGGCCUCAUUAGCAUGUUUCCAUAGCAACUAGUCAGGAACUUUUUUAUUUCUGCAGAUAUGCUCAACGCAGAACUGCUCAAAAACCUGGUGCUUUCUUUUGUUUUAAUCUUCUGUUGCCCAUUGUGAUUUUCCUUUCUGGAAAUAGUGCAUUUCUUGGAUUAUACAUCAUGUGCUUUCCUGAGGGAUUCUGACAGAAUGUGAUUAAGACCUUGGUGUACUUUUUAGAAAAAUCACAUCUGGUUAUAUAUAAAGCAAGUGGACCUAAAGCUAAAUUUCUUUCACAUCCUCCUACUUUUCUCCAUGUCAAUCCGAUUAAAGUGUGUAAUCCUA